AAAUUGUUCUUGCCUGAAGGACCAGGUGUCACGGUAGAUCUCGCUGACUCAUCACCAGGCCAGCCAAUCCACCUUUUCUGCCUGACGGCUCAGGUGUCAGCAGCCCUGAGCCCUCGCGUAAUUUGGAACCCACACAAGGCAAAAUCAUCUUCACAUCCGCCUCUUCCUCCAAGUCCACCCAAAACUCCCUCCAACCUCGUCGUCCGAGCUCAACGCCCUCCACCCACCUUCAAGAUGGAUUCCAGCAAGCAGCCCGUCAAGCUCGUCAAGGUGACCCGUGUCCUCGGCCGCACCGGCUCCCGUGGUGGUGUCACCCAGGUCCGCGUCGAGUUCAUGGACGAUACCUCCCGUUCCAUCAUCCGUAACGUCAAGGGCCCAGUCAAGGUUGACGACAUCCUCUGCCUGCUCGAGUCCGAGCGUGAGGCUCGCCGUCUCCGUUAAAAUCCCCCAAAAAACGACAAUUCACUCGCGCCACGUCUUUCAUCUCUCUUCGUCUCUCGCAUAUCCCUCGCGUCCGGUUU